ACCCAGUUUCCUGCCAACCAGAGGCAGGAAGAGUCUCCUGACGAGAGCAAAUGGCAGGGUUCUUCAGCACCCUUGCUGCUACUGAUCGCUACUAUCUGCAGCUCAGAUCUGGACCAAACAAGUACAGAAGGAGGAGCAUGAUCAGGUGCUGCAGCACAGCAAAGGGAAAGGCCAGAGGGAACUACCACCAGGUGCUUGGAGUAGCAAUCCACUCCACACCUCAGGAGAUCAAGGAAGCCUACAGGAAACUCCAGAAGCAGCACCAUCCUGAUAUCGCUGGCGACAAGGGUCAUGACUACGCGCUGCUGCUGAACGAGGCGUAUGAAGUGUUGAUGAGGAAUAGUUCCAGGAAUGCUGGCAAGAGUAGUGGAGGCAUUGGGAGCGUUUACACUGGGGAGGGCUACAGUUCUUGGAAUGGCCCUAUGAGAAGCCAGGCUCUCUUUGUGGACGAGAACAAAUGCAUAGGGUGCAGGGAGUGUAUUCACCAUGCCGGUGAGACCUUUGCCAUGGAUGAUGUUCUUGGAAGCGCGCACGUUGAAGUGCAGUUUGGUGAUGUGGAGCAGCAGAUCCAGGUGGCUGUGGAGUCCUGUCCUGUGAACUGCAUCCACUGGGUUGGGGCCGAGCAGCUCCCGCCGCUGGAGUUCAUGUCACGUCCACAGCCCAAGGAAGGGCAUGGCGUGUUUGGCGGAGGGUGGGAGAGGCCCAAGGACGUGUUUAUGGCGGCUAAGACCUUCGCUAAGAAACUCGAGAGGCAGGAGCGUUCUGAAAGCACCAAUGGGGGUGAAGAUAUGGAAACCGAAACAGCUGCGCAGGCGGAAGCGAGGCGCCACGCGGGACAGGAGCUCCGGUGGAAGAGUUUGUUCAAUGUUUGGAAUGGGUUGACAGACUGGAGGAAAUCUGGAACAGAGCGGUAGAUCUGCGAUUAUUUGCCGUUGGCUAAUGAUGAUGUAAAUACUAGACACAUGUUUUUCUUUGCGGGGAAUACUAGAUAGAUGUUGUACAAUGAUAAUAGGCUUUACACCAACUUUGGAGACAAGGAAUCACGUGUUUUUCCAUUGCCCCAUUGCAGUUCA